AUGGAGAUGGCGUCUAAAGGACGGAAACAACUUCACUGGCCUAAGCAAGAGCUCUCUAAGAAAUCAGUCCUGAGCCCCAAAGAACACAAGCUGAACAUUAACAAUGAAAACAAUCUCCAGCCCGUGUCUUCCGGGAUUCUCAAGGACAUUUUCACAACAGGAACCAGUAGCUAUAACGUCCUUCUGCAGAGCCAAGAGGAGAAAAAGCACCAGGCUCCCCAUCAGCCCCCCGCUCCCCACAAGAGGAGAGCCCCGAGGGGCUGCGCCGUGGGGCGGGCGGGCGGCAGGGCAGGCAGCAGCGCAGCACCGCCGCCCCGGCCCAAGGGCAGAGCUAAGAGGCGUUCUAACCAGGCAAAGCCUAAACAGGCCCCUGGGAAGGAGGGGGACGUCUCCGGCCAGAAGCUGUGUUUGCUCACUGCCAUCAAGCCUGCCAACGUGGACAAAGAGAAGGUGAAAUUCUUCAAGUCGGAUUUCACCUACAAUCCGCAGUUUGAAUACGCGAACCCUGCGCUGCCAAACGUGUUAGCUAAGCACAGCCAAGCAUCCGACAGGUUUCUUAAGCAGUCCAUUAACAUUAUGGAGCGGACACUGCAGAAAUAUGGAAGCUAUGAAAAAUUUGAACAGGCCACAGGAGGAAGUUUGCUGACCAAAAGUCGCAUCUGGAAUCAUGUCAGGAAAUACAUGGUGAAAGAAGGCUGUCUUGGUGAGAUCGUGGUGCAUCUCACGGAGGACCUGCUCUCUCGAGCCUCCAUGACGGUGGUGAACGGCCGGCCCACGCUCACCAUCAAUGUGUCCACGGCGCGGGAGCACUGGCUGGAGGGGAUGCUGCGGCACGAGAUCGGAACUCAUUAUUUUCGGGGUAUUAACAAUAACAGCCAACCUUGGUGCAACUGGAGUGGACGUAGAAAACAUGGGUUAAAACCAAUAAACCCUACAGAGGAGGGUCUAGCAAGCAUUCACAGCGUCCUCUUCCGCAAGGACCCUUUCCUGUGGAGGGCUGCCCUGCUCUACUACACGGUGUACCAGGCUAGCCAAAUGUCCUUCAGCCAGCUCUUCCAGGACGUGGGCAAGUUUGUCAAGGACCCCAACACUAGGUGGGAUUACUGCGUACGAGCCAAGAGAGGGUGGACGGACACAUCACAGCCAGGCUGUUUCAAUAAGGAUCAGGUAUACUUGGAUGGCAUCCUUCGAAUCCUGAGAUACAGACAGUCCAUUGAUUUCCAUCUUCUGACAGCCCUUGGAAAGAUCUCAUAUGAGGACGUGGACCGCCUGAAGGAAUUAGCUGUGAUUGAGAAUAUGAGGGUACCACACUUCUUGCAAGACCAUGCACGAUACAUGGAGCACUUGGAAAAGAUCAUGGAAGUCAAUGAGCUCACUGAUGAGGAGCUUCAGGAUCUCAUAAAUUAACAUCAUUAGUUAACCUCCUGUUAAUCCUGAAUAACUGAGACCAUAAAAAUCAGACUUCUGGGAACCCAAGGUGGACUU